AUGAACUCCCUUCAAAACCCUACCCAGUUUGAAGACUCGUCCUCCUCGUUCAUGGAUCUCCUCGAUUUCUCGGGUUACCUGCUACCCGAUUUCUGGCUCGAACCCGAGACCACAGCGUUUCCAGAGGCGAUAAUCGGAGGCCGGACCAGAUCCAUGGAAGAAGCAACGUCGACCAUGGAUAAGAAUAGCAUAGAUGAGUGGCGUGAGAGAAGGGGUGUGAAGAGAAAACAAAAAGGACGAGGUGGUGGGUGCCAUAAGGUUGCGUUUAGAACAAAGUCUGAGUUGGAGAUCUUGCAGGAUGGCUUCAAAUGGAGAAAGUAUGGCAAAAAAUCUAUCAAAAAUAACCCUAAUCCAAGGAAUUACUACAAAUGUUCGAGUAGUGGGUGUGGAGUGAAGAAGAGAGUAGAGAGAGACAGAGAAGAUUCAAGCUAUGUUAUAACAACAUACGAAGGAAUUCACAGCCACGAGAGCCCUUUCUCGAAGUGUUGCAAUGAUCCAAUAUUUCAUUCUCAUGGUAGUUGCCCUAAUUCCACUUAUUUGCACCUCUCAUCUCCACCAUGUUCUUCUACUACUACCCUUUGACCUCUUAAUCUCUUAUUUUCUUCUCUUCAACUACCUAUUUCCUCUUCGUUCUACCUCUUAUUGUUUUUUUCUUCUCUACUUGUGUAAUUAAUUAUAGCAAUCUCCCUUAAAACCAUGUUUAAUUCCAUCCUCUUUGGUGUUCUCUAUUGAAAUGAAUUCAAUUAGGACAUCUAAUGUAACGUCUCAUGCAUAGUAUUCAGAUACACGUAUUUUUUUUAUUAUGUUUUCCCUUCGCUCAUAUUGUAACAGUCUAAGCCCACCGUUAUCCGAUUUUGUAUGCUUUAGCUUGUUACACAUAUCGUCGUUAACUUCAUGACUUUAAAAUGUGUCUACUAUGGAGAGAGUCUAGCCUUACU